UUCAAACAAUAGAUCUAUUUCUCCCCAGAAUGCCACAGAAUAAAAAAGACAACAUAACAACACUCUCUUUGAAUUAAUUCUUCAGAAUGAUUUUGAAAUUUGUUGUUACAAAUCUGAUUAAAGCUAUUUCAUUGUGAAGUCACUUUUAUUCAAUUUGUAUUUUAUUAAAAAUUGAAAAAAAAUCUCCGGUAAUGUUUAAGUUUAAUGCUUUAGUCGUUUUUGUUUAUUAAUGCUAUUUUACUUGUUCAGAAGGAGAACUUGUUUAGCUACGCACAAUGAUGGAAAUUAAUUUGAAUCGUGUAGAUUAUUUGCAAGUUGGUGUAACGUCACCAAAAUCUACCAGACUGCUUCCUGCAAUGGAAGAAAAGGGAUGCCAAAGAGUUGCUGUAGCCGAUCAUUAUGGUGUUGUUCAUUGUUUUGGAACUAAGAAAGGUGAUAUUCAGACAUUUUUCAAAACUUUACCUGGUCCUAAAAUCAUGAGACUUGAACUUGGUGGUGCAAUUGGCACUAUAAGAGAUAAAGUAUUUGUUGCUGCAGGAGGAGAAGUAAAGGGUUAUACACGCAAAGGAAAACAGUUUCUGAAGUUUGAUACUAAUAUGACUGAAGCAAUCAAAUCUAUGCAUAUCAGUGGAAAUGAUUUAUUUGUAUGUGGUAAUUUUAUCUAUAACCACUACUAUGAAUGCCAAGAUCAAAGCUAUUACUUGUCAGUAGACAAUAUAAAUGAUAUGAUAUGCCUUGAUAUGGACAAAGUUGGUACCAUAGUUCCCAUCCUUGCUUGUCAAGACAGAGUUUUGCGAGUUUUAAAGGAAUCUAAUUGUCUUUAUGAAGUAGAGGUACCUGGACCACCUUCUACAUUAGCCCUUUUUCAAAAUGAUGGAGGUGACACUGGUGAAGAUUUAUUGUAUGGAACAACAGAUGGUAAAAUUGGACUCGUUUCAAUUGGCAGAACUGGUGCUACUCACAAAUGGGAAAUUCCAAACAACAAAAAGAAUGGAGGUAUUGUUUGUCUUGACAAUUAUGAUAUCACUGGAGAUGGUAUCAAGGAUUUAAUAGUUGGACGCAACGAUGGUUUAAUUGAGGUGUACGGCUAUGAUGAAACAGAAAAUCCUGUUUUAAGAUUUACUUAUAAUUGUGGUGAAAGUGUGACCUCUGUCAAUGGUGGAGUUGUUGGAACUGCUGGUUAUGAUGAAAUUUUAAUUACCACUUAUUCCGGUUGGAUAUUUGGUCUAUCUUCUGAACCAUCUGAUAAACGUCUUGAUCCAAAUUAUUUAUUAAUAUCAGAGGAUGCUGCUCAGAAAAUUUAUAAACUUAGAGAAGAAGUGGAGGAGCUUCAGCAGCAAGUUCAGAAAGAGAGAGAAAACUAUCAAAUGGCUGCACAAUCUGACAUUGGAGGGGUUUCAGCAGUUCCUUAUUUCAGCAUAAACGACAUGUUCCAACUCAGCCAUGAAGAUGCUUCCUAUUUGCUAACAUUAGAAGUGCAAACUCCCAUCGAUAAUGUUCUGAUCCAAAGUGAUGUUCCAGUUGAUCUGUUAGAUAGUGAAAGGAAUUCAGCAGUUGUCAGUUACAGUUCUUGUGAUCCUGAAAAUGAUGGGAAUUUUCUUUUGGCAACAUACAGAUGUCAAGCAAACACUACCCGAUUGGAAGUGAAGAUUCGAUCCAUAGAAGGACAGUAUGGUACUCUUCAAGCUUACAUAACUCCAAGACUCCAGCCAAAGUGCUGCCAAAUUAGGCAAUAUCAAAUAAAGCCUUUGUCUUUACACUGCAGAACACAUACUUUUGAUGAAAAUAGACCAUUAAACACUUUGACAUUAAGAGGAGCGUUUGCACUUGCUGAAAUACAUUCUUGGAUUGUAUUUUGUAUGCCUGAAGUACCUGAUCGUAUGCCUCCAGGAGAAUGUGCUACAUUUUAUUUUAGAUCUACUUUUCUGGAUACUGUUUUGUAUUGUUUUUAUAAAAAAGGAGAAUCUGUUUUUAAAUCUGACAACAUCUCCACCAUUUCUAUUUUGAAGGAUGUCUUGUCACGAGAAGCUACCAAAAAGAAAAUAAUGCUUGACAUAUCCUUUGAUAUUAAUGAUGAAAGUGUUCCCCAUAUGCUUAGAUUCAUUCACCCAAAAUUGGAAUAUCAGUUGCUCUUAGCUAAAAAAGUCCAAGUGAUAGAUGCUUUGAAGGACUUGAAAGUGCACGAAAAUGAUCUCAGCUUUUUAGCACCAGAGUAUCAGGAUAUAUUAGGAAAUGCUGAUCAGUUGCAGCUGGAGUACAAGAGGCAGCCUUGUCAUCUUGAAAGACUCUUUGGUAUGAUCACAGAUUUGUUCAUUGAUGUCUUCAAGUUCAAGGGUAUAAAUGUAAAAUCUAAAGUGCCUUCUCUUCUACAGAUCCUAAACAAUUACGAUUUAAAUAAUUUAAUAAAUUUUUUUCAAGUGAAAUAAAUAUUUUUAAUGCAAUUCAGUAUAUAGUUAUGUACAUAAUUUUCUAUUUUCUGUUCAUAAUCUCAGUAAUAAGGCCUAGAUUUUGAAGACAUAUGCAUUUUUGGCAUCUUUCGAGAUACUAGGGUAAUUUUUCUUUUAUAUUAUAAUUAAUGAAUGUUUAAUAUUUAAUCAUAUUUAUAUGUAACUUUGUUAAUAUUUUUGUUUUUUAUAAUGCAAUUCGUAGAAAAUAUUUUUUUCUGUAUGCAAACUAAUCAGUGCAGAUAAGAAUGAAGUAAAAAGUCAUUUAACCAAUUGAAAUUCUUGUUUAGUUCAAAAGGGACAUUUUUAUUUUAUUUUAUUUUCAUAGCUUUUUUCUGUUUGCUAUUUUUAAGCUCGUUGAAAUCUGGACUCUACUGAUCAACACGAUUGUUAUAAUUUUAUUAUAGUAUAUGUUAUGUGUGUGUAUGAUUAAUAAAUGUAUAAAAUAAUUCAAUAAACAACUUGUCUUUAGAUUAAUUUUCUGGAA